UCUCGUCCAACUGACCAGUCCGCGAACUGACAUUGCGUCGCGCACACGCUCCCCGUCGCUCCGAGAGAAAACUUUAGAAAUCGGGAAAAUGUUUAAACUCGUUUGUGUUUCAAUCGUAACGAUAUGUCUGCAGCUCACGAGCGGAGGCGUUAUGAAGCCUGAUGACUCCAUCAAAUACCCUGGGCCUAUUAAGAAUAGGAACGGUAUCCCGGAUGAAUGCAAGGACCAGAACUUCUGCACAAUAAAGCCGGCGGACUACCCUCAAGAACAGUUUGACCAGAUGUUCAAGGGAUCAAGGUUUGGCAAGCUCCCCAACCUGGUGCUGAACGACACAGUCGAGUUCCCCAACAGGCAGGGAGGGCCGGGCGACGAGGAUGACUGCAGGACCACUGUCACGUACGAGCCUUUAUACAAGGUGCGCACUAAACGCGGAGACUGGCGAACCGUCGUGCAGGCAGAGCAAGAAAACUACGUGCAGAAAGUGCGUUUGGAGACGUGCUUAAAGCCUCAAAGCAAAUGCUUCACCCGUUUCGGAGAGAUCCCCGGCAUCGAGACGUACUGUCGCCAGAACUACAACGACUGGGAGAUAGUCGUGUCCGACGGCAAAGGAGGCACGGAGACAGUCACCACCAGCCUUCCAGUAUGCUGCUCUUGCCACUACCGGUCCAUCGACCUGGCUUCGCGGUUCGGACCUAAAGAAACGAGAGCUCUGAUAGGAGGGUGAACAGUUUCUUUUAAUUAUUGACUUAUGUAGCAAGGACAAUAUAUACCGGGACUGACAAAGCUCAUACUAAAAAGUGUACCCCUGAAAUGUAUUAUUUAACAGCGCCAUCUAGUUUUAUCUUUUGGAUAAAACUAGAUGGCGCUGUUUCGCAGCUUGGAAUAGGCAAAAAUCAUACUUCCCCCAAAUAUUUUUGCGUGUUUUUUUUUGUAUGGAUAGGUAGACGUUUGACCACGACAAACAAAAAAACAAAUGACAUAUUUCUUUAUUUUAAUGUCAUGAUAUCACGUCAAAAAAAAAG